AGGAGGGACAGACAGGAAGACGGGAGGAGGGACAGACAGGCAGACGGGAGGAGAUAAUGAAACGGAGCGAAGGAGUCACAGUGAUCAGUCUGCCGCUCUUAGUCAGUCUGUGUUUCUCUCUGCUUGUCUCUCUAACUGUCUGUCUGCCUGUCUGUCCUUCGGCCCGUCUGUCCCCCUCUCACAGAAUGGAUCACUUUCGUUAUGGAUUAUUGAUGAUUGUUUUUAUGAUACCGACCCACUGUUUACACAUCAGUGACAACACAGAUUCCCUGCACCAGGUGUUGUCGGAGUUCGCCAUAGUUCAUCCAAUCCGGACCAACUCAGAGGGGCAUUCCCUGCCGGCCACCGUCUCCACCCAUCACCUGCCUCGCAGGAAAAGACACUACGCCUCACCACGCCCCACCAGGCCGGAGGGGAUGGAGCUGUUCUACAACGUGACGGUGUUCGGUCAGGAGCUGCACCUUCGUCUGCGACCUAACAGUCGACUCGUUGCCCCCGCCGCCAUCAUCGAGUGGUGGGAGGAGUCAGGACACAAAACCUCUCAGCCAAUAAGAGACAUCGACUGCCUUUACGUAGGAGAGGUGUCCAACAUGGAGGGUGCGUCCAUCGCCAUCAGCAACUGCGACGGGUUGGCCGGAGUGAUCAGGACGAGUCAGGAGGAGUUCUUUAUCGAGCCAUUGAAUCUAUGGAGGACAGGAGGCGAGGAGGAGAAAGGAGAUCGACCACACAUCGUCUAUCGCUCAUCGGCCGUUAUCAAGAAUCAAUCGGGUAUCAAUCAAACAGCUCACGACUUCCUCCGAGGUCCUCUUCUAGGUUCUCUGGACUGGAACCGGUCUAUGAAGUCAUCAGGAUCCGCUCGACGGAAACGCUACAUUGAAGAGGCUGAACUGUUUAACAUAGAGGUUUUAUUGGCUGUAGAUUAUUCUGUUCCUCUUUUCCAUGGCCGAGACCACAUCCAGAAAUACCUUCUGACACUCAUGAACAUAUUGAAUGAGAUCUAUCAGGAUCAUUCUCUGGGUGCCAACAUCAAUGUUGUUCUGGUCAGGAUCAUCAUGUUGUCUCCAUCUAAGUCUCAGGAACUUAUCUCUGUGGGGAACCACCAGAAGAGCCUGGAGAACGUCUGUGGAUGGUCGUACCUCCAACACCGCGAGCAGAACCAUGCCGAGCAGCACGACCACACCAUCUACCUGACCAGGCAGGAGUUUGGCCCCUCUGGCAUGCAGGGUUACGCUCCGGUUGAAGGGAUGUGUCAGCUGCAUCGGAGCUGCGUCCUGGUUUUUGAAGAUGGGUUUUCUUCGGCCUUCGUAGCUGCUCAUGAAACAGGACAUGUGUUAGGGAUGCAGCAUGACGGUGAGGCCAAUGACUGUGCUGACGACGUGCCUUUGGGCAGCAUUAUGUCCCCUCGGGUUCAGGCCACCUUCCAACGGUACCACUGGUCCCACUGCAGCUGGAGGGAGUUGCACCAGCACCUGCAAACCUAUGACUGUCUCAGAGACGACCCUUUCAACCAUGAUUGGCCUGCUCAGCCUCCGUUGCCGGGUUUUCAGUACUCAAUGGACCAACAGUGUCGCUUUGACUUCGGACCAGGAUACAGCCUCUGUACUGCAUAUGCAACCCUUGACCCCUGUAAGCAGCUGUGGUGCAGCGAAUACAACAACCCUUUCUACUGUAAGACAAAGAAAGGGCCCUCCCUGGACGGAACAAAGUGUGGCCCAGGGAAGCACUGUUUUAAGGGUUUCUGCCUGAAACUGACCCCAGACCUGCUGAGACAAGAUGGAGGCUGGGGGGCAUGGAGUCCCUUCGGUGGCUGCUCCAGGACCUGUGGGGGCGGGGUCAGGUUUCGGGCCCGGCGCUGCGACAGUCCAGCUCCAGCCAACGGGGGGCGCACCUGCUUUGGGAACAGCUAUGAGUUCCAGAUGUGCAGCCAGGAAGAGUGUCCACCUCUGACUGACUUCAGAGAGGAUCAGUGUAAAUUAUGGAAUUCAUUUCUGGAACAUGAAGGAAUGAAACAUCACUGGCUGCCACACCAACACCCUGACCCUGAUGAGCGCUGCACACUGCACUGUCAGUCCAAGGAAACAGCGGCGGUGGUGUCCAUCAAUAGAAUGGUGCAUGAUGGGACGCCGUGCUCCUACGGCGACCCCCACAGCGUCUGCGUCCGAGGAGAGUGUGAGCAUGUGGGUUGUGAUGGGCAGAUCGCCUCGGAUCAGCAGGAGGAUCGAUGUGGAGUCUGUGGAGGAGAUAACUCCAGUUGUAAGAUCAUCAAAGGGAACUUCACCCGGAGCACCAAGAAACAAGGUCUGAGGAGGAAACCCUUUGGUUUGUGUUUAAGUGAAACUCUCUGCUGGCGAUUAAAGGCUUGUGGUUUCCAUUGCCUAGGUUACCUGAAGAUCAUGGAGAUCCCCAAAGGAGCCCGACAUCUGCUGAUCCAGGAGUUUAAAGGAACUCCUCACAUCCUUGCACUGACAAACCAGGAGACAGGCGACCUCUUCCUCAACAGCGAGGACGAGGUCCCGGCCUCCCGGGUAGUGAUCCAGAAGGGCGUGGCCUGGGAGUACAUGAACACUGAGGAGCAGGAGUCUGUGCAGACCACAGGGCCGCUGACCUACGAUGUCCUGCUCCUGGUUCGUUCACCUGGAGACUCCAAAGUGACGGUGUCCUACAAGUACAUCAUCCAUAAUGGUGUCCGCUCCUCGCUGGAGUCCAACCUGCUGCAAGAGGACGCUGUCUUCUAUGAGUGGGCGCUAAAGAAGUGGUCACACUGCACCAAGCCCUGUGGAGGAGGGAAACAGUACACAAGGUUCGGCUGCAGGAGGAAAGCUGAUGGGAAGAUGGUGCAAAGGACUUUUUGCUCCCACAUCAGCAAACCGAGAGCCAUCAGCCGCAGCUGCAACACCGACACCUGCAACUCCCCACGCUGGUUGACCGGCAAGUGGCAGGACUGCAGCGCCACCUGUGGGCAGACAGGGUGGCAGCGCCGCUGGGUGUCCUGCCAGCAGGCCUCCAGCAGGGGGCAGCGCUUGGUGCCCAGCAAACUCUGUGGGGAGGAGCGGCCGGAAGGGAAACAGACCUGCAAUCGUUUUCCCUGUCCGGCGUCCUGGAGAUCUGGACCUUGGACCCCGUGUUCAGUAUCGUGUGGAAAUGGAACACAGGAGCGCCAAGUUGCGUGUUUGAGUCCUGACGGUUCAGCCCGUAACUGCAGUGAUUUUCCACCAAUCAAGACCCGGAAUUGCCACCCGCCCCCCUGUAGCGGUGACCAGAAGAACGCAAUCAUUCAGUGGCUCUCCAGGUCCAACCCAGACUUCACCGCUCCAAACAUCUCCUCCAGGCAGCGCUGCCGUGGUGACCGCUCCGUGUUCUGCCGGAUGGAGGUGCUGAGUCGGUACUGCUCCAUUGCCGGGUACCGCCAAAUGUGCUGCAAGUCCUGCAGCGAGGGAAACCUCAACAACUCCAUCGACUCCAGCAACUCCACCAAACACGGCAAAUCCGGCAACUGGGGCAUCUCUGGCAACUAUAGCACCUCCAGCGACUUGUUCCCACAGAGAACCAGCAGCAGCUCCUGGAGUCCAAGCACGGAGGCAAUGACAUCAUCGCCCAACUCGUCCGGGUCUGACAACACUUACAUUUCCAGUGACGUCAUCAGCAGGCCGACACCCAGCCUCCCGACGACUCCGCCUCUGACCAGCGGGAGCGUAGCUGACUUUGUGUACGUUGACUACAACGACUACAACGAGUACUAUGAAGAUCCUUCUAUUCCCUCAGACACAUCUACUAGUACUACCGCAUAUACUAUUACUAGUACUACUACCACCACUACUACAAGGAAACCAAGAAAAUAUUCUCCCCCACAUUUAUUCAAGAGAACAACUCCCACAAUGCCCCCAGCUACCAUCUCUGUGGCUUCUCCUGGGAGUCAAAGGGCAGCGCCAUUCACCUCCCCAACAGCGUUGACUGAUCACGAUGGCGUUUUCACUGUGACGUUGGGAGGGAGGAGCCCCCAAACAGGAGCAAGACCUUCGCGGCUGUCGUCCUCCUUCUUUCCGCUCUCCAAGAGGGAGAACGACUCUUUGGACGCGGUCCCAUACCGAAUCGUGGGACUGGACCAUGACAUCACCGGUGAAAUCACCAGUAACAUCACCAGCAACAACACCGGUGACAUCACUAGUGAUAUCAACAGUAAUGUCACCAGUGACAUCACCAGUGACAUCACCAGUGACAUCACCGGAGCAAAGGAGAGCCACUUUGUGCCGCGGAUGCCUCCCAUCCGCGAGCGGACACAGAACAAACGGAUCCAGCAGCUUCUGAACGAGAAGCGACGGAAGGACGUCGUGAAGCAAACCGGUGGGACGAGAGGAGGGAAAACCAGAUUAUAAAACCACACGUGAUGACGCAUGCUCACUUUAUGCUAACCAACUGUUAACGAGGAGACGGACCACAGAGGCAAAUAGACUAACGAUUGGUUUUCACCCUCCUGUUUCCUCGAAUGUAGAACAAUACAUCAAAUGUUUACCCGUAUAAAACCAGAAAAUUCAUGAUGUAACAGAGUAUCAUGUUGUCCAAUAAAGCAGUCUCAUCCA